AUUUCCUUGAUUUAAUAGUUUAUUUCUGAAAGUUUUUCUUAUAUUGUUUUAAUUAUUUAGCCCGUGUGUUGUGGAAACAGACUGCACAUAUUGUGAAUACAGCUCAUGUGAUCCUGGCAACGAAAUAGGUCAAAGUUCUGGUGGUUGUACUUCCGGUUGAGCUACUUUCAUUUUCACCCAGGCAAACUGACGUGUGGUUAGUGUGGAACGUAAAUAUGGCGCUUGAUACUUUUGAUGUGGCGGAAUUCGAGAAACAUCUAACUGCAAAUGAAUUUGGAAAGACAUUUAUAUAUAAGGAUAUAACGGAAACAACAAUGGACGAUGCUUUCAAGGCUGCAAAGGAAGGGAAACCAAAUGGUACUGCCAUUAUGGCUGAACAGCAGUCUAAAGCUAGAGGAAUGAAGAACCGAAAAUGGAAUGCACAGAACACAGGGAACAUAUACAUCUCCUAUAUCUACCAUAGACAAGCUGUUCUCGAGGACAGAGUAAAAGACGAGUGUCUCAUGGAGGUUUCCGGCGCUCUGUCUGUCUUCAUGGCUCUACAGGACAUUGGAGUGGAAGAUAUCAACAUCAAGUGGUUAAAUGACAUCUGGGUCAGAGGUCAUAAAAUGGCAGGGAUAUUGGUGGAGGAUAAAGGGCCACUGGACCAUGAUGAAUCAAAACACCUGUGCAUUGUUGGUAUCGGUGUGAAUUUGAAUGCUGAUGUGCGCAGACACCCAGAGCUUCAUAUGAUAUCAACCAGCGCCCGCAGUCAGCUGCAGGGCAAUAUUGUUAACAGAGAGCAGUUCCUGGCAAAAAUGAGCAAAUACCUGGAGGAGUUGUUACCUCUCACAAAGGAAGAUUUGUUUCAAAGGGCGAUAAAAUACCAACUUUUCCAGCUCGGUGAGCAAGUCAAGAUCCAUAGUGAUCUCGACGAAAAGGUGAUAGAUGGAACACUAGAAGAAUUUCUGGACGACUGGUCCAUCAGACUCAAAGAUGACAGAGGUGAGGUAUUGACAGCCAUGUCAGACCACUACUCCAUACGACCUUGUUCGACCUCUACUGUGUAUGUGUACAAUGGCAAGAUGGCCUGUCCUUGGAGCUCUGCAGCCCUGCUCAGAUGUAUGUUAUCGCUUGUGAACACGACUCACACGACCGUGACCUUUCUCAGUGAUUCCAAGAUGGCGGAAGGACUUUGGAAAAAAGACGCCGCUAUGUUGGCUAUAGGAGAGAUUGUCCUGAAUACCGAGGAUAUCAGCCGUGCUCACCAGACCUUUACAAAUAUACAUGGAUUUAUAAACAACGGAGGGGUGGUCAUGAUGAUGGGGAAUGUGCCCAGAAUGUUUACAACGUACCUACAGUCAGCAUCACCUACAGAAAUGACUUGCAAUUUGAAGCCAACACAUGUGGCUGAUAAUGCUGUGCUUGGUCGCUUGGUUGCCUUGGAUUUGAAGUGUGGAGACCUUACUCAAAUGUUUGGCUUCAGCCAUCAGAAAGAGGAUGUGGCAGUUACUGGAGGACAGACCUCCGAGGUUCUGGCUUGCUAUGAAAACCGUGAGGCAGCUGUGGUCAUCUCUACAUAUGGCGAGGGUUCGUGUGUGUUGCUGGGCUUCAACGCUGAGAUCACAUAUGUGGAGGAAUGUAUUCAUUUAUCAGAUACUGAGCUCCAUAAUCUGAGAGAUACUGUGUUUGUGAGGGAUGAACUUCUACUUUGUAUCCUGAAAAAGUUUGGCUUGUGAUUAACUUGAACCUUGAUCAGCUUUCACACCAAACAUUCUAUUCACAAAGUUCAUUGUAAUGUGAUUUAUAUGGGAUAUAUUUCACAUUCAAAAUGAAGGUAAAAUCAAUAUUUGAUGAUUAUUUACUAUUGAGUUUUGUUGCCUUAUCAGGGACAGUCAUGAUCACUAUAGUGUAAGGUUUAGGAGAGUUUUGAGAAAAAAAAUUAAACAUUUAAAAGCAUUUGAUUUCAGUUAGAUAAGAAAUGCACAAAAAAUAACGUUCUUGCCCUGAAGACUUGCUUUCGGGGCCAUAUUUUGGAAUUGGCCAAGAUCCUUGACCUUAGACUUAAAUUUUGUUAUCACCUUGUGAUGACUUGUGGAGAGGAUAUCUGCCCCUACAUAGAUGUGUGUGUGUACAGUAUGUACUUAUGUCCUCAAUGAUGUCCAGGUUCUACAGACUUACAUUUUUUAUCAUAGUAAAUCAUGAUAUUUCUCAAAUGAAUUCUACAUUUGUUACAUUUCCUUUUUGUUCCUGAUACAAGAACAUUCACAUCAUGUGUGAUGUCAUUUUAUGGUCAAAUUUGCUGUAUUUAUCAAAUUUAUGCUGUAAUUUAAAAGAUGUUUACUUUUAACUGUAAAAUUAGUGUUUGUUAUUGAAUUUUAUCUUGAUAAUUUUAUUAUGUUAAUUAAAAUAUAUAUGAGUUGGGUAUACAUAUACAAAGAAUUUUAUUAUAAAAUGCAGUUUGUAUAUAAAACUGAUUUAUUUGAACUAAAUGAUAUGUACUUGGUGCAGGGGACUUCAUAUAAUCAAGAUGUCUUCCAUGAUUUUUUCAAGCAUUUUAAAGAGUAAAGCAUUUUACCCAUUGUAUCUGUUAAACACAUGCAUGUCAGACACUCCGAUUCAUAUUACUGAUUUGUGAAAUAAAGACAGAACAUGGAGUUUUUGCCUGUUGUCAAGACAAUAGAGUUUUGUCUGUUGUCAAGGACAGUAGAGUUUCGCCUCUUGUCAAGGACAAUGGUGUUUCGCCUCUUGUCAAGACAAUAGUUUUGUCUGUUGUCAAGGACAAUAGAGUUUCGCCUGUUGUCAAGGACAAUGGAGUUUUGCCUGUUGUCAAGGACAAUGGAGUUUCGCCUGUUGUCAAGACAAUAGAGUUUUGUCUGUUGUCAAGGACAGUAGAGUUUUGCCUGUUGUCAAGGACAAUGGUGUUUUGCCUGUUGUCAAGGACAAUGGAGUUUCGCCUGUUUUAUAAUUUUGUUGACUUCGAAAUUAGAAAUGAAGUAAAAUUGUAAAACAGUUGUGUUAACAUGAUCCAUAUUUCAGAUUAUAUGUUACAUCAUGUAUUGAUUAUUGUAAAUUCACUAUUUGUUAUGAGUUGUAAAUUUGAACUAUACUGUGUUCUAGUCGUUUUUAUUGUAAUCUAUGAUGACAAGAUCUUUCACGAAUGUGAUGGACAGGUAAAAAUACCUUUGAAGUUUGAUGAUUUCUGUUAAAUACAUGAUAAUAAAGAAUUUCAAACAUAAAA